AUGCGAAUAUUGCAUUUCCAACGGUCUCUUGUCCAGACCAGUGUGCUCUCCCUCGCUGACCAUGACCCCUCCAUCCUGGACCCCUCCAUCCAGGAACCCUCCAUCCAGCACCCCUCCAUCCAGCACCCCUCCAUCCAGGACACCUCCAUCCAGGACACCUCCAUCCAGCACCCCUCCAUCCAGCACCCCUCCAUCCAGCACCCAUCCAUCCAGCACCCAUCCAUCCAGGACACCUCCAUCCAGCACCCCUCCAUCCAGCACCCCUCCAUCCAGCACCCCUCCAUCCAGCACCCCUCCAUCCUGGACCCCUCCAUCCAGGAACCCUCCAUCCAGGACACCUCCAUCCAGCACCCCUCCAUCCAGCACCCCUCCAUCCAGGAACCCUCCAUCCAGGACACCUCCAUCCAGCACCCAUCCAUCCAGGACACCUCCAUCCAGCACCCCUCCAUCCAGCACCCCUCCAUCCAGGAACCCUCCAUCCAGGACACCUCCAUCCAGGAACCCUCCAUCCAGGAACCCUCCAUCCAGGAACCCUCCAUCCUGGACCCCUCCAUCCAGGACACCUCCAUCCAGCACCCCUCCAUCCAGCACCCCUCCAUCCUGGACCCUUCCAUCCAGGACACCUCCAUCCAGCACCCCUCCAUCCAGCACCCCUCCAUCCAGCACCCCUCCAUCCAGGAACCCUCCAUCCAGCACCCCUCCAUCCAGCACCCCUCCAUCCAGGACACCUCCAUCCUGGACCCAUCCAUCCAGGACACCUCCAUCCAGCACCCCUCCAUCCAGGACACCUCCAUCCAGGACACCUCCAUCCAGCACCCAUCCAUCCAGGACCCCUCCAUUCAGGUCACCGAGUUUACAACCCUGAAACAAAGGAGUGACACUUACUAA